AUGGAAGGAAGAGUCAAUGAGAGUGACGAAGUGGCGGCGUACCGCCACCACGACGAUGAUGAAGACUACGACGAGGAGGAAGUGGCGGGGUUGUACUGGUUGCCGGCGGAGCUGUGGGCCAUGGUGUGCGAAUACCUGGGCACGGGCGACCUCGCCCGGCUGAGCACCACGUGCUGGACCCUGCGCUCGCACGCCCUCGCCAAAGUGCGCCACCACACCUUCACCCCCUCGGCGUUGGCGUUUGCUGCGACUUGGCCGGCCCUCGAGUCGCUCGCGCUCUCCGCCUGGGACGCGUUCCCUGAUACCCUGGUGGCUCACUUGCCGGAGGCGCUGGAGGGCCUGGACCUGAGCUACACCUCCAUCACCAACCGUGGACUGGGUCGACUGCCGGUGGGCCUCACGCGCUUGGAUCUCAGCGGGACGCAAGUCACCGGCGCCGGUCUCCGCGCUUUGAGCGCGCUCAGCUCGCUGCGCGACCUCAAGCUCGCUGGCAUCGUUGGCCUCUCCGCUCGACACCUCCAGGCGUUACCGGCCAGCGUGGAAGUUCUCGACCUUUCCAAUUGCUCGGGACCCUUCUCGGAGAAAGAACUCGGUACCGCCGAUUGCCACUUCGGCGGCAGCAACUGCGGACUGUCCGUGCCCCGAAUGAUGUGGCCGCCGGCUCUGCGUGAGCUCAAGCUCACCGGCGCCCACCUGUCUCUCGCCCUCCUCUAUGGGAUGCCGACGACGUUGGAGAGCCUCGACAUCUCGCGUUGCACUAUGUGGCCAGUUCCAGUGGACAUGGAUGCGUGUCUUCCGCGCCUGCAGACGCUUCGAGCGGAUGGCGCUGCGCUCCACUAUCGAGCGUACUACGCCUACAGCAAGACCUACGUGUGGAACCUUCCGUCGGGUCUCAAGUCGCUGUCGCUGGCCAACGUGCCCCACCUCGCCAACCCGACGGACUGGCAGUUGGCGUUCCUGCCGGCGUCGAUCACCUCGCUUGAUCUCUCCAUCACUGAUAUCAUCCAGGGCCAAUACUCGGGAAUCAGGGAAACUACGGCUGUCUGGUUCGAUACGCUUCCCAAGCGGCUCCCGCACCUGCGUCUGCUCAAUCUCACCAAGCUGUGGGGUGGCGCAAACCCUCAAUGCCUUGAGGACCCCAAGUGGGUCGACUUUGUCAAGCUGUGCGCGGAAGAGCAGCGGCGGAUCACCUGGCACGAUCUGCCUGUGGAGGACGACGACCACGAUGACUGCGACAACAAAGGCAACCAGGGCGAUGCUGCCUACGAUGACGAACAGGAUGGCAACGAAGAUGACGAACAAGGCAGCCUCCUCUUCAUGGGCUUCUAA